CACAUCGUACCACGACGUGUUUGGUUUUGUGUUGCCGUUGGUCGGCUGUUUCGAUUGUUGAGCUUAGAAAAAAGGUACCUGGAUUUACCUGUUUUGCCGGCCCCGUCGUUGCCGUCACCCCAGCCCGAAAGGAUACGUGGCUGAGCGAGCGCGCGAAUUCGUUCAUGGGUUUAUGCGUGGGUGAAGGUUCAGAGACAAUGAAACAAUAGAAAGUGUGAGCUUCAGAACAGCGAGUCCCUUAUUAGGUGCCUGGUGAAAUUUGACAAGCGAGAGUGAUUGGCAAUUGGCAAUUGAUUAUGCUAAUAGGAGAUUACUUAAUUUCGCUAAUUAAUGCAACUUGUUUACUGUGGUUAGUGUGUGCGUUUGUUUACAUUUCACAACUGAAGAAGUCACAAGGCGGAGAGCUCGUGAAGGUGAAGUGCACAAAGCAGAAAAGCAAUAGAAGGAAAGUGCGAAAUAAAACAAAUGUUUACUGAAUAAAUUAAAAGUUGAGCUGAAGAUCUGACGGAAAACAGCAGCAGGAAAAACAAGUGAUUGGUUAAUUGUGUGCAUCUGCAAAACGAAAAGAUACAAGUAAUUGAAAAUCAAACGUAAAUAAGCAGUGAUUUCAGACACAAGAUCGUGAAGUUUUCGAAUCAUUGCAAAGUGCGGCUGAACCUUGCGAAGUGUUUUCAAAGGCACUGUGCGUUGUUUGGCACAGUUUUUCGACAACAACAAAAAUUGUACGAUCACAACACGAGAAAUUAUCGACAUUGAUCGACACUUAUCGAGUUUUGUUGAUACCACGUGAAUUUAGCGACAGCAGUUUUUGGGUGAUCCCUUUCGGUAGUAUGGAGUACAUUUAGGAAAAAAUGAUGACGUGAGGUGUUUGAGCAAUUGAAAUUCGUGAAACAAUACAUUUCAUAAAUUAAAUUGUAAGAUUCGUUUAUUUGGUUAGUAACAAUUGAACCAAAAACACCGAACCUUGGAUUUUUUUGGAGUUCAUUUCAUGAACAAAUACUGCCGAUUGGUUCCAUGGUAAAUUUGAUACGCAUCAUAAUGGAUAUAUCAAGGAUUUCAAAAGGUUGGUUCAUCAGCAUGCUUUGGUAUUCAUCAAAUCGUCAUUCCCCAAAAAUAAACUCAAACCUUUGCAUGCCGCUGAUAGUGAAGCUGUCCGUGCUGCUGUUGCUGCUGCUGCUGGGCACCCAAUCCGCCUUCGCCGACAAAACCAUGGACACCCGGGAGGGUGAAGAUGUUACGCUAAAGUGUCGCUUCAACGAGCACUACUCGGACCGGGAGUACUCGUACUACUGGGCCCGCCAGAGCCUCAACAAGUACGACAACGUGGCCAUCAAGGCAAAUACUUUCAACCAGAACUACAAAAUCGACUACCGUCCGGAAAAGGGCAUCUACGAUCUGCAGAUACUGAAUGUGUCAUACUCCCGCGACAAUGGACGCUACGAGUGCCGCAUUAAACUGUUCGGUGACGGUGAAGUUAUUUACGAAGACUACUACAAUCUGACGGUGCUGACGCCACCGCAGCCUCCGCUGAUUUUCCCCGGGAGUGAAACGACUGCAACGGAAGACAAGGCACAGGAACUGACUUGCAGCAGUGUGGGCGGAUCACCCGAUCCGGUCAUUUCUUGGUACCGCGAGGGUAGCACGACACCGUUGGCGGCCAAUCUGAUUACCGGUGGAUCCCGGGACAUGCAAACCACCAGCACUCUGACCAUCAUUCCGCGCCGCGAAGACGACGGUGCAAAGUUCAUGUGCGUCGUCUGGAACCGGGCCCUGCCGGAAGGCCAACGGCUCGAGACGGUUACGACACUCUCCGUCAACUAUUUCCCCCGAGUGGACAUCGGCCCGGAAAAUCCGUUGAGCGUGGAGCGUGAUCAGACUGCCAAGUUAGAGUGCAACGUUGACGCCAAACCGAAACCGGAACGUGUCCAGUGGACCCGCAACGGUCGAUUCAUCUCGUCCCAUCCGGUGCACACGAUUCAUCGGGUUUCCUUACAAGAUGCGGGUAAAUACGCCUGUUCUGCCGAUAACGGACUCGGUAAGGUAGGCGAACACGAGAUCACCCUGAAUGUUCUCUAUCCACCGAUCGUGCAUGUUGAGUCCAAGACUAAGGAAGCCGAAGAAAAGGAAACUGUCCAGAUCAAGUGUAACGUAACGGCAAAUCCACCGCCGGUGACGAUCGAGUGGUUGAAGGAAGGUGAUUUAGAAUUCCGAAGAAAUGGUGACACUUUGAUUUUGAGGGAUGUACGAGCGGAAGAUGCGGGGACCUACAUUUGCCGAGGAAUCAAUAUUAUGAAACCCUUUGGAGGAAAAACUUUAGAACGGGAGGGCAAUGCUUCGAUUGCUCUACUCGUUCGUCAUCGUCCCGGAGAGUCAUCGAUUACCCCCGAGAAACCAGUUGUACACGUGGGUAACAGUGUCAGUUUGAUGUGUAAGGCUGAUCCUCCUGGUUGGCCAUUGGCUCAGUACCGUUGGUAUCGGGAUGUUGGAGGAGAGAUCUCAACCACCGUCAUUGCCCAGGGUUCACAGUAUCUGAUUCCAAAGGCAGGACUGCAAAGUGAAGGAAAAUACUACUGCCAUGCCGGAAACGAUCUCGGAAAUGGAGCAAUGGCUAGUGCUACGCUUGAAGUGCACCAACCUCCGCAAUUCUUGGCUAAACUGCAAUCGAACAUGAUCCGCCGAGCUGGAGAGACAGAUUUUACUGUUACUUGCAGUGCCAAGGGUAAACCAGAACCGACGAUCACUUGGUUGAAGGACGAUAUCGAAAUUACACCCGAUUUGCACAUGUUCGACAUUAAGACCAACGUAGUUAAGGGACCCAAUGGUAUGGUGACCGUCCAAAGCAUGCUAAGAUUCGCUGGCAAAGUUCGCCCUAAUGAUAACGAUCUUAUGUCGGGUGAUCGGGGCCAGUACACUUGUCUGUACGAGAACGAAGUCAACAAAGCCAACUCAACGAUGCAUUUGAAGAUCGAACAUGAGCCGAUCGUGCUUCAUCAGUACAACAAGGUUGCCAACGAUAUCAAAGAAAUGGCAGAGGUUGUGUGCAAAGUGCAGUCCUAUCCCAAACCUGAAUUCCUGUGGCAAUUUAGCACCAACAAUGGUCCUCUCAGCAACAACGAUCAUUAUGAAAUAAUCUCCACCUCGGAUAGUAACGACAUCUACACCAGUAUUCUGAAGAUCAAUAAUUUGCGUCACCAGGACUAUGGUGACUAUCAUUGUCGUGUUUCAAACGCUCUGAACACCAUUCAUGUGCCAAUUCGUCUACAACCGAAAGGUCCUCCAGAGAAACCCACCAAGCUGAAAGCUGUCGAACUUGGACCCAACUAUGUGGUGCUCUCAUGGACACCUGGUUUUGACGGAGGACUUGCCAAUACGAAAUAUUUUGUGUCUUAUCGCAAGAUCGUAAUCCCUAAUGAAAGUCUUGUUACGGACGAAUGUGCUGUAGUGGCUGCCAGCGGUGCCGAGUGGAUGGAAUUCGACUGUCAACGUGAGGUUCCAUGCACAAUAACUCCCCUGGAUCACCAUCAGAGUUACGUGUUCAAGGUGAAAGCACUGAACACGAAGGGAGUUUCCGAACAUUCGAACGAGAUCAGUGCAACUACGAAGGUGGAAAAAGUACCGAUUCCUCUUCAAGCGUCAUUUGAUCCGGAGACUCGCGUACUCGCCCUGAACGUUGGAGCUACCUGUCUUUCGAUGAUUGCCAUUGUGGAAUCGGUUAUCUACGGUGAUACUCCAAUGGCUGCUUGGCACAUUAUCGAAACCAUCGAUCUGCAAGUGAAUGGACACGAACCAACGUACCGAGAAACGAGAAUCGAACAUUUUGUUGCCAACCGAAGAAACAACGGUCGAUCGCUCGGCAAUGGACUGGAGGACAUUCCACUGCCGGCGUUGGAAGAUGAACUGAAUCCAAGGGUUCGUGUGAAGCUGUGCUUGAAGAUUAACCACGAGUAUUGCGGUGAAUAUGUGGAAGCUGACAUUGGGCCUUCCCUCAUCCAAGAAGCUUCAUUCGUAGAACUUCAUACUCUGAUCGGUAUUGGUGUGUCUUGCAUUGUUGCUGGUAUUUUCGUUGUGUUGCUACUCCUAUUCUGCCGUUGCAAGCGGAAACAGUCAAAGGAAACUGCCAAGGCUAAAGAGUAUGAUAUUGACUCCAUUCAUCCCUCGAUCGUAGCUCAACAAAAUCAGGCACCUCCGCCGUACUACUCUGCUAGCAGUUUGGAAAACAAAGCUCUCGAACAUUCGAUGGACUUAGCAAUGGAUCAAAAUGCAGCACUUUAUGCCAGUCAACAAAACUACGGUUAUCAUCAGCAGAACGCUAUGAUGCCUCAAGUUCCUCAAAAUGAUUGGUCCAAUAUGGGAUAUGUUGAAAACUCAUAUUCCAACUCGAACAACGGUGGUAGUGUCAACUCCCAGGACUCAAUCUGGCAACUGAAAAUGUCGGCGGCAGCCUCGAACUCGGCCAACAUGAUACCUCAGCACAACUACAUGGACCAGCCGUUGCAGCAAAACUAUGGUUACGAUCCUAUGACCCACGGUGGCUACGGAGCCGUUGACGAUUAUGCACCAUACCCGCAUCUGAUGACCACGGCCAGCCAGCACGGAGGCGACGACUAUCAUCACAAUAUGCGCAACAGCCAGAACCCGUCCCGCCAGGAUUACUGCAGCGAUCCGUAUGCAUCAGUGCACAAACCGAAGAAGAGGAUGGACCAACAUAUGGACUUCGUAGCCGAGUCACCGUACCACGAUGUUAGCGGUCUACCCGAUCCGUACAUGGAGCAAGACGAGGUCAAAUCGCCUGGCCCAAAUCAGCACUUGUCGAUGAGCUACGAUGACGCCCUGGCCCUGGAAAGCGGCUAUUCGACCCCGAAUUCUCGGAACCGCCGUGUGAUACACGAAAUUGUCGUGUAGAAAUAGCGAGAGCAUCGGUACCGAUCGAAAGCAACCCGAAAACGGACAAGAGAAUACACAUUCUGGAGAGGACAAACAAAAUCAAACAUCAGCAACGGAAUCACAUAUAAGACAUAGUUCAAAUUUUAAUGGAAUGAUAAUCACGAGGGGGUAACUUACAACGACAUUACCUGCAAUGGGUAAUUGAUUCGUUAGAAGCUUAUAGAGAGUUUAUAUUUAAUGAAAUAGUAUCGAUCAUCUAGGCGAGCGGCUUCAGCCCAAAGGGCUUAUUUGAUCUCAAAUAACUCUUUCUGAGGCAAUUGCUGGAUGGUGUGGCCAAACUGUGAUUGUAAAUAUAACCGUAAGCCUAAAUACAAUUAGCUCCAGUUAUUUGUUUUAAUAUGUAGCUGUUUUAACGAGUCAAUCUUAGAAAUAGUGCCGAAUUGAUCCGUUGCUCGGAAGGAUUUAUCUACAUCACAUAAAAAAAAUACAACACAAAAAAACACUGCCUGAAGUUGGUGCAGUGCAAGAAGCUUAUUUCAAUUGACAACGAAAAUCAAUCUCAACGCAUGCAGGCAGUAUCGAAUGUGCCAUUCUUCGUAAUAAUUGACACUCAACAAUGAUGCGUGAAUACACAAUAAGUGCUUACUUUACUUAGAAUUUGUACGAAUGGCUCGACAACGAAAAGAAAAAAAAAGAAAUGAUGAGAUUACUUUCAAUCUAGGAGCAGAAGAUAUGUUGUGUAUAGUUAUGCUAUGAUGUUGUGUCGUAGAGAAUGAAUCCUCAAGGUCGACUAGAUAAAGUAUGAGAUAAUAAAAAAAUACGGUUUUAUAUCAUUAAGGCAAAAUGGUGCCAUUCACAAUUCAUUUCGUCUACCAGCUCCAGUCGUUGCUUGGUACGAAACGAAUUCUGAUGAAUCUUCCACCUGAAUCUAAAUACAAAUGCGUGACACAUGACAAUAAAACUACGACCUUAUUUCCUCACUUUUAAUUGCCUGUUUAGUAUCUACUUCCAUUUAAUGCUUAUCAAAAGUUUAUGCUCUGUUGUGGCGAAGUUUAUCUUCUAAAUUGCCAAGCAGAAACCUUCCGGUUGUAAACUAACGAAGGACAGCAUGCAAAGUCGCAUUCGUUUCAUCAGCGAAAUAUACGUCCUGCCAGUGUAUUAAACACUCUAAACUGCUCACUUUCGUGAGAUUAUUAAAAACUUGUAAAAUGUAAAUUAGCUUUCCACGAGACAUCUUUCCGUUUCUUUUCCAUUCGAGUUCUCGUCUUUAACUUCUACUUCCCUCCGUAGGUUUAAGCACUGAAAAAUCUCGUUUUUAAGUUAGUAAGUUUACCUUCAACACAACACCAAUCUAGGGAUAGAGCUAGGCGAGAAAUGAGUAAUUAAAAACUUGUACAUACCGAAUCGAGAGACGGCAAAAAAAAAGUUGAGCUUCAGUUGUGUUUCUAUAAAAUUGUAGAGAGAAAAAUAAGUUACAGUGACUCACCACCGCCACCAUCUGCUGACUGUGGAUGCCGGUCUGAUGGGACUGCACUAAAUACGGGACUAAUCGGUCCGGGCGGGGACAACUCGGUGGGGUUGAAAAAUCACCACUCUACUGUCGCCAGCACUCUCGUUACGGCCGGGCACUGAGUGGUUGAAAGGGAGAAAUAGUUGAUACAACGGUAACUUGUUCAGUUGGAACGAAAAGUUUUAAGCAAUUUCUUAAACAUUAACAAAAGUUAGUUAACGAAUCGGAGUUUUCCAGUAAGGCACAAAAACAACAAAUAUACUGCUCUUACCCAGCGACUAGGAAAGAACAAGCAUCUCAGUACCAAUUAGUGAAAAAACUCUAGCUCAAGCAGCUGCAGUAGCUACGGCGGAAAUGAAAAGCAAUAGCAAACGUAAGAAGAAAGUCUGGAGCGAAAAUAUAUUUAAUUCGAAGAUGAAAAAAAAUGUUUCCCGCGCUUUGAUCGAAACGAGUUUUGUAAAUAUUGACUGAAAUUAUUUUUUUUUACUGUAAGUGAAUCUACUUAUUAUUAGUUCGUUUUGUAAGUAAUUAGCUAGUAGGGUAACUUUUUCGAAGGAAAUAUAAUUUAAUUUUUACACAA